AUGCCUGGAAACCAGUCGCGACCCCGAAGAUCGUCUGUCGAUGCUGCCAACUCGUCAACAUCAGCGGGUCUCCAGCUCCUGUCGCCAACUCUGCAGCAGUCCAUCCGAAACACGACCUCCAAGCUGUCGUCCGCCCACCCGGCCGAAUACUUCGGCUGGAGCAGCACCCCUCCUGCCGAGAAUGACUCGGUCGACAACGAGGUAAACGAUUUUAACUUCGACGGACUUACGGUGGCCGCAGUGCACAGGAAUGAGAGCUCCCGUACUACCACCAGCUCAAGUCGUGACCAACAACCGAAUGACGCAGCCGACUACUGCGCCUUCUACUACGACGAGAACUCAAAGCCAAACCCACUCAGCAGCAGCUCAAACAGCACGAAGACGACGAGCAGCACCGACGACUACGAGAUGUCGCGACAGCGCCUCAACUCGGUCCAGGUGCAGCGCCGUCGGACUAGUGUCGUGGAUCCUAACAGGGGCACGUUCCAGCUAAGCGCCACUGCUGCCGCGGCGGGCUUCCCGAUGGCCAAGAAGAAGGAGCUGACGGCGGUGUUCAUCAGCGGCUGGCUGCAGAAGCGCAAGGGCCUUGUCCUCAAGCGCUGGAAGACUUACUACUGUCUCUUCAAGAGCGACGACACCCUUUGCCUCUACACGAGCGAAGACACGGUCAACGGGAAGCUGGAGCAGCGGUAUCAGGUGCUGCGCGUCAUCCUGACUGACAAGAACGACUCGUUCCACAUCAUCGGCGUUGACGCGGACGGCGAGCCACGUCGCGAGGAGUUCCGCGCCUCGGUGUCGACGGAGUGGGCGCGGUGGUUCCAGGUGCUCGGCAAGUUCUUCGACAGCAAUUCUAUGGCGCAGGCGCUCGUACGCAAGCCCGAGCUCACGUGCACCAAGACCGUGAACGAGACGGAGACCAGCGACUGGCUCGACAGCAACAGCGAGGCCGAACUCUACGACGAACGCCGCAGCUACUUCAGCCAAAGGAAGCAGUCCGUAGCAGCGGUGCACGACUCGUUCGACGGGAGCGGCGGCGACAACCCGUUCAUGAACCCCUCCACGCUGGGCACGGGCGCUCGAUCAAACGAUACGAAGCUGUCGGACUGCCCCAUGAUCGAGAGCAGCCAUGCCACAGUGCCCAUUCUCGAAAACCGACCGUCCGAGUCACAGCUCGAUGCAGAGCUCAUAUCCGGCUUCUCCUGGACCAAGUAG